UCUAGCGAGCAUGGCGUGGCGGGCAUUUCCGGCGCGGUGCUGUGACGUAUGCUCUGGGUGCCGAGUAGUCCGGUGGUCGGCCGGGUGAGGCGGAGUGUGGGAGAUGGCGGAGUAUCUGGCCUCCAUUUUCGGUACCGAGAAAGACAAAGUCAACUGUUCUUUUUAUUUCAAAAUUGGAGCAUGUCGUCAUGGAGACCGGUGUUCUCGACUUCACAAUAAACCAACAUUUAGCCAGACCAUUGCCCUCUUGAACAUUUACCGUAACCCUCAAAACUCUUCCCAGUCUGCUGACGGUUUGCGCUGUGCUGUGAGUGAUGUUGAAAUGCAGGAGCAUUAUGAUGAAUUCUUUGAGGAGGUUUUUACAGAAAUGGAAGAAAAAUACGGUGAAGUUGAGGAGAUGAAUGUCUGUGAUAAUCUUGGUGAUCAUCUGGUUGGAAACGUAUAUGUUAAGUUUCGACGUGAAGAAGAUGCCGAAAAGGCUGUUAUUGACCUGAACAACCGCUGGUUUAAUGGACAGCCAAUUCAUGCUGAGCUCUCCCCUGUGACAGACUUCAGAGAAGCUUGCUGCCGCCAAUAUGAAAUGGGGGAAUGUACACGAGGAGGUUUCUGUAAUUUUAUGCAUUUGAAACCCAUUUCUCGAGAGUUGCGACGUGAGCUGUAUGGCCGUCGCCGCAAAAAGCAUAGAUCCAGGUCAAGGUCCCGUGAGCGUCGCUCUAGAUCCAGAGAUCGCGGUCGUGGUGGUGGAGGAGGAGGAGGAGGUGGUGGUGGUGGAGGAGGAGGAGGAGGAGGUGGAGGCCGAGAACGUGAUAGAAGGCGGUCAAGAGAUCGUGAAAGAUCGGGACGAUUCUGAGCCAUGCCAUUUCUACCUUGUCUGUUAGAAAGUGUUGUAGUUACUUGACCAAACAAGUUCACGAUGAAUUUUUUAAAAAAGAUGGGCUUCUGAAUAAAAAUUUGUAGUGAUACAAUUCUUUUUUUUUUUACAUAACUGGUUUCCUAUGGAAUAAUCUUAUCAUUUCUCUUACAAAUGACUGGGGUAAUAAUUGCAGUGUACUGAGGAUCACUCAGUUUCUGCAUCUGUAUAAGAAUGAAGUUGUUUGUGUAUAAAGUAUAGAAUAUUGUAUACACUGACAAUUUCAUCCAUAUUUGACAAUACAAUAUUAUAUACAUGAAAAAUAUACUUAAGUCAUCAUUUUAAGUUUCCUUCUGUUGUUGUCCUGUCUGCUUAUUUAGGUUAGUUUAGGCUCAUCUAAGGGAAAGAACAUUUCUUUAAUCAGAAUGCUUAGUUGCAUAAAAAUGUAUGUUUCUUUCAUUAAUGAGAAAUUUGUGCUCUGUGAAUGUGUCAUUUACAAUAAAACCAAUUUUUGACUUAAA